AUGGCCGCCCUUCACAGCGCUCUCCAGUCCCUCAGUCCGACUCCAUUCUCCUCCGUUCCAGCAGCGGAAUCAGAAACCAUAUCCUACCUACAAAAUGCCUUCACUGAAGCCCAAACAAUAAUCGACUCGGUCCCCCUCCCACCUCCAAAUGAUCCACUCGUCUCCACCAGACCCCGCUCCUCCACCAGCGCAUCCAUAGCCUCAAAUGUCUCCGAGAUCUCUUCUUCCUCCGCUCGCUCAGAACCGCUCGAUCCCUCACAUAUCAGCUUACAGAAAGAAUGGGGCAAGCCGAUCAAAUUAAAUGCCAAGGACAAUCCGCUGGGUAUGGCGGUCUACAAGCUGGGUGGCAAGGACGGGAACGGGGCGUGGUUUGCCAGGAGGAGCGUACAUGAGGGGCUGGGCUUUAAGAAGUGGAAGCUGGGUUUGCAGAGAGAGUUUCCGGAGACGUUGGAGGUGCAAGGAGGGCCUGGGGAAGGUAACAUACGGGGAAUUGGUGGGGAGAGAAGGGUGGAGCGGAGGCGCAUUGAGGGGGUAGGGACAAUUGAGGUGUACCAUUUAUCUGCACAAUUUCCAGGACCUACGACACCGCGGGAUUUCGUCACAUUGCUCCUCACGUCCUCUUCUGCUUUAAGCGAAACCCAGUCUUUAGCUUCGCGACCUUCUUCUUCGGCAUCUGAUGGCGCUAAAUCAAGAACUCAACGAUAUACCGAUACCCCUAGGCACUUCAUGGUCAUCUCCAAGCCGUGCAGACAUCCGGAUUGCCCACCAAGGGACGGUUUCAUAAGAGGGCAGUACGAAUCAGUCGAGUUCAUACGCGAGAUACCUAGAAAGUCAAAGAAGGCAUUGUCUACUACAGAUCUGCUCGAAGUCACUCGACCACGAGAACAUUCUCCGCCUCUUGAGAAAGAGCUCCUUCUACGCAAUGCGGAGCGCAAACUUAAGGAGUCCGGGGAAGAGUUGUUGGACGGAGACGGUGAGCUAACGCCAGCUGCAGCAGACGAGGUGGCUAAGGAGGGUCGGAAAAGAGGCAAGACAAUUUCCUUCGCCGGCUCCAGGGGGGCUAGUGCGAAGGGAGAAGCGAUGGAUGAUCCUGACGCCCAUGACGACGCUGAGUUGAACCCGGUAGAAUGGAUCAUGAUUACGAGGAGUGACCCGGGAGGGAGCGUGCCGCGAUUCAUGGUCGAGCGAGGGACGCCCGGAAGCAUUGUCGCUGAUGCGAGCAAAUUCCUCGAUUGGGCAUGUAAAAAAGAACAUCCACAGGACGAAGUGGAAGCCUUGGAAAACGGCGACUUGGAGCAUGUCCAGAGCAAGACGCGCGAGGGGCUAGAAGCCUACGACACCAAUGGUCAUUUGGCUGGCUUGGACGGCGAGGCUGAUGGGGCCGAAGCGCCUUCGAAAGCAGUCCCUCAGCGGACGAGCGUUGAGAUGGCAACAGCACCCGCUGAUCCGGCCCAGCAAGGAGGACUGGUAGCUACAGUGGCCAAUGCUGCAUAUGCCGGCCUUGAGAGCUAUGCCCCUCAAGCUGUCAUCGACCGCCUUCCCAGUCAUCAGCAUACGCAGUCUAUGCAAUCUAUCGAUGAGGUAACAGGUAUUCCUAAUGGCAUAAGUGCUACCCUCAGCCGCACCGUCAGCUCCGCCUCCAGCGUUGCGUCGUUUGCGAGCGCAGAAGACCACUUCGACGACACGCUAUCUGCCAAGUCAGCCACUUCGCAGACCAAAUCAUCCAACUCCAAAGACAUUGCCGCAAUGUCACCGCACGAAAAGGAACUCGCGAAGCUCAACGAGCGCAAAAAGAAACUAGAUGAAACCCUUGCGAAAGCUCGAGAGAAGGAGCUGAAAGACAAAGAGGAUCUCACCUCAAAAGAGGAAGAACGAAUCAAAAGAGCCGAAGAAAAACACGCAAAGGAGGUUGCGAAGCAAGAAGAAAAGUACAAGAAGGAAGUCGCAAAGCUGGAAGCGAAGCGCCAAAAGGAGGCAACCAAAGCGGAAGAGCGAAAAAGAAAGGAGGAGGACAAGGACGAGAAAAGGCGACUAACCAGGGAGAAAGAUGAGAUGAAGCAGGCGCUCGAGGUCGUGAGUAAGGAGAGAGAUAUACUGAGGGAACAGGUCGGGGCGCUGCAGAGGGAGAAUACAGGACUAGUGCUGCGACUGGGGAAGAUGGACGAGGGGAAAGAACUUCUGAAGGAGGCCAAGAAGGAGACGGAGGAAGGAGGGAGGAGUAGGAGCGGGAGUCUGAGGAGGGAGAAAGGUUCGGGGGUGAAGGGCAAGGAGGCGACGGUCCUAGCAGGGGAGAAGCUGGUGGAUGGGGAGACGACGAGUUGA